CUGAGCAGGGAUGGGUGGCGUGUACCAUGGGAGCCAUCUGGAGGGCUCACGUUCCAGUCAAAGCCUCAGGUUUGGAGCUUCUGUUGAGCAACAAAGCAUUGUCUAGCAAUUGCAAGAUGAAUCAGAGAGAUUUCUUCACUCGAUGUUGACGGUGAAGCCUGCGGUGCCUUAUAAAAGCCUCCGGGCUCCGUACUCCUCACCAGCACCUGCCGCUUGCUGCACGGCCGCUCUCCAGCUCGCUGAAGGUUGAGAAGAUGACUAAGCUGGAGGACCACAUGGAGGGGAUCAUCAACGUGUUCCACCAGUACUCAGUCCGGGUGGGGGACCCCGACAAGCUUUCCAAGGGUGAGAUGAAGCAGCUGACCACAAGAGAACUUCCAAAUGCCCUCAAGAACACCAAAGAUCAAGCUACCAUUGACAAAAUAUUCCAAGAGCUGGAUGCUGAUAAAGAUGGAGUGAUCAGCUUCCCCGAAUUCGUGUCCCUCCUGGCCCGUGUGCUGAUUACUGCCCACGAGGAUAUCCACAAGGAAUAGGAAGCUCUCAGGGGCUUUUCUCCGGCAGAGUCCCCAAGAAAUCCGUUCCUUGUAGUCACUGCAGCCCAGCCCUGCACGUGGAAAGGGAGAGUUAAUAAACGUAUUCUCGAAAAGUU